AUGCUGAAUAUUCCUAUUCUUUUGGUCCUUGCUCUGUUUGGAACAUUGGCCGAAGCGUGGCGCUGGCCUUGGCAGAAGCCGGACAGUAAGUCAUUUCUUUUUCAACGCGCAAUUUAAAACGUUCAUUUCUCUAGUGUGCUAGUUCAUAUCGAGCAAACGUUUUAGCAUCGUCAUAACGAUAUUGUCCUGGCUUACACUGCUGCAGGCCAGAUAAAUAACAAUAUGAUCCAGUCAUAGUUUAAUUUAUAGCCUGCUUCUUCACGUGCGAGGAGGCUGAUAAUCUAAGGUUUCAUUUGAAGGGUAUAUAUCAGAGAAUGGUAAUUUUUGACAACUCUCAGUGUGUUUCGAAAACUAACUUGUACAGGCGUGAGACGUUUGUGCGUUUACGGAGUUGGAGUCUAGGAAUUUGGCCUGGACUUUGGACCGUCUUGAAAAUUCGAAGCCGCAAAAAUAGGUCAAGCAACCUAAAAACUGUACAUUGUGGGAAGUCUUGGAAAUCUACCUGCAACGACCUCUAGUACAGUCCAAUGGUAAAAGUCAAAGUAAAUUUAUUAGAGAGUAAUGGGCUAGGGUAUUAAAUCCUAUCCAUGAUCCGAUACAAUCCAAACUUUUACGCUGCACCUCGCUGCUCAAACGUAGGUAGUUUCAAAACGCGUUUCACUAAAAAUUGAUAUUUCUUUAACCUAAAAGUCCGCUUUUUAAAAGAGCCAUUGAGGAAAACUUUACGCAUUUUUAAUCAUAAUUGUCGUACUAGACUAAUCCAACUUUAGGAUGUCAAAAUUCCCCGGGUGUCACCUCGGUGCAUGACUAAGCUUUUUUAACCGGACACGUCCGUUCGAAACCCAAAACCAAAUUCAAACUUGAUAGUGCUGAACUAUUUCUAGCCUUCCGAUCCCAGGCAUGACGUUUUAGGGGAGCUGGGAUUUUGUUCUCUGGGGAGGGUAGCCUGUUCCAGGCUCCGAGAUAGUAAGUCUCCCUCGCAGCCGUUUUUUGGAUGUCACGCAACGCUAAAAAACGGCUGCAACGGAGACUACGAGAUAGUCGGCUCCGCUAAAUUGAGAAAGCGUCAACAUGAACACGAAAAUAAAAGGACGAAAUACGAGCUCCCUUGUAAACGCCUGCGUGGGAGGUAGCCUGCGCAGCUGGCGGUAUUGUGUGAUUAAAGUUUCGGCGGCGGAGCCCAACUCUCACUCGACUGGUACAGCGGCUCCGCCGCCAAAUCUCCCUCGCCUAGUACACAAUACCGCCAGCUAUGCAGGCUAGCGUGGGAGGCUAAACUAUUUCUCGCUUCAAAUAAAAAGACUGCAAACGCUCGGAAGAAUACUAAAGCUAGGGACUCUUUAAAUUUUGCAGUUUCUUCCCUGCUAACAUACGGUCACAAGCUGCCAAUGUCUUGAACAAACAAAACAAACUACUGCUGCUUCAUUUGUUUUCCUAAAAAACAAUCCCAAAGCAAAAGGCCUCUCAGAGAACGGCAUUCCAGAAUAUCCAGCUACGUAAUACUUUACAGACUUUACUACGAUUGGCUCGAGUCCAGUAAGAUUAACGGAAAUUAUCUUUGUGGGAAAUUUUGCAGCGACUUGGUGAGAAAAAAAAAAACAGUUUGUCUGAAAUAUUUUUAGAAAGUGGCGUAUUGCGCACCAUGAACUGUAGCACGAUGAAACUUGACAUCAGCCACGUCCCCAAUAAACUAAUAAGCGAAAGAAACAUGAUCGCUUCUUUUUAAUCUAAGUGGGUAGAAGUUGGCGGGUGACAAUUUCUGAUAGAAGAGGACAAAAGAUUACCAAGAGGGACGUGCUGUUGGAAAUGUACUUAUAGUCGCCUUUUCUUUUCAACGAGUAUUAUUAGAAGCUUGCCUACUUAGAACAGUUUCAUUAUGAUUGGUCAACUCCGCUUUGGAAAUAUUAGGGCUACAAGGGUGGUGUGGUAGCCACCACUAUGGUUCCUCGUAUUUUCGCGGGCUUUCUUUUGCCUCUCCCCACUCUUCACGCGGUUUUCAUUUUUCUGUGUCCCAGUCUCCAGAACCUCCCAGUAACAGGGACGAUACUUCUUUCUCCUUUUUGACUGAGAAAACUGUAGGCCUAGGAAACCAAAGAGGGUAACCUUCCUGGAUGUGAACAAAUAUUUCAGCUUUGGCUCUGAGUUUACAAACGUCAUCCUGCAGCUAAAAUAAAUGUAUUUACGUUCGGCGGAGCUAAACGUAGUGGCAGUGACAGAGAAUGUAAAUACUUUCCUAUUGGUGUGAACGCACGUGAGCCGCUAUGGCGUUAAUUGACGCUAUUGUUAUUAGGUAUAUAAGGUUUUGACAGUUGUAAUGUAUUCAUCUCAGCUCUCGAAAUAUCAGCUUUUAUCUUUAUGUUUUACUUUAUUCAUCUAUCGAUUCAAUUUUUACCUUUAACCCCCAGAGGUUAUGCGACCGCAUCGGUUGGGGAAUACGUCCCCAAUUUUUUCCCAUUGGGUUUUUGGGUUUUCGUAUCGGGCGGUGCACGUGAAUAGUUUAGCCUGAGUGACUUUAUUUAGCAAUAUUUGUAUACCAUUCUUUAGUUAUGAUGUUGAACUUUGUAUGUUAUUUGGACGGCAUUAAACACUCAGGCUCCACAGUUCGAGCUGCACACCCAUUCCCGUCUCUUAGUCGUGAAUAUAAAUAGGAAUUGUCAAACUUUGCCCAUUUUAGUCUAUGUGGUGAGUGUACUGCAAAGAAUGCGUUAUCGACGUUUAUGAUUUGAACAUUUUGUUUUUUUAUUUGCAGCUCCGGAAUGGUCAAAGCUGUCAGGUACAUUUAUUGAAAAGUUAAACUGCUAUAACUCUUUUGCUUAGCGGUUUCGCGGUAUGCCCCUACAUUACGCAUGCGCACAGCCAUUUUGUCUAUGCUGUGUUUAGCUUGUUAAAGGCUUUCAGUUAGUAGGGACGAGCAAAAAGAUUUAAGAUGAUGUUACACGAGACGAUUCGCAACGACGAUUUUUAGACAUUUGAUUUUUCUUUACAACAUUGUUCCAGCAUUUCAACGCUGUGUUGCGCUAAAAAUCGUCGUUGCGAAUCGUCCCAUGUAACAUCACCUUUAAGACCAAGAGCCUGGAACAGGAUAGGCUGUGGCAGCCCUAGGUAUUCCCUGGAAAAUGUUUCGUCCUCGUAGUCGAGUUUAUGUUUGCGGGCAUAAAUAUGUUUUUGGCCCGACACAGGCUCAUUUUAGCCCGAGCCUGCCAAAUUCUCCGUUUUAGCCCACAAAAUGCCCCACAAUACCUAACGACAAAGUGAUAUUAAUACGUUUUUAUGCUUGAAUGCAGUUUGAAUGAAUGCUUUGUAUAUUUCUCUCUUUUCAGUGACAUUCGGGCGAUUCAGUGGUCUGCCGAUAACUGUAAACCAAGCCAAGGCUGAAGGCUGGUUAUUGAACAAAACAUGUGAAGGUAAGAAAUUACGGACAGGCUGUCAGUCAUUUUAUAGCAGAUGUUUCCACGGCUAAGAUCAGUGUUAACUCGAGUUAAGGGCAAAUAAAAGAGAUCAGUGAGUUAUCCACUUGAGCUCCAAUAUUCAAAUACAAAUUCUCGAAACUGAUAUCCAUACGUUUAAAACCUUUUGAUAAAAUGACGAAAGCCAAAUCCUUUUGUUUUAUCCGAGAUAAAAAAAUAAACAUUACAUUAAUAAAAUUAAAUUUGAUACAAAGGUAAUGUAACUAAAAAAUAAAUAAUAAUUACAAUAAAAAAUUAAUUAAAGUUAAAAAAUUAUAAUAAUAAUGAAAUCAAUAAGUAGAUAAAUGAUUUAACGGUCGCUCUCUCUGUUUAUUCUUCACGGUGACAGCAUAGUUUGUGCCUUUUAAAUGAAGAAAUGUUCGCGGGCUCUACGUAUGGAUUCUGUUUUGGUGUUGAUAAAUUCGAGUGGGAUAAGUUCGAAGUCUUUUAGUUGGUGUCCGGGUUGACUGAAAUGCUCUAGUACUGCGUGGUCAGUUUUGUUUUCUAUCACUCUGCGGUGUUCUCCAGAUAUGUCUCUUAAUAUAAAUUGAAGAAAAGUGAAAGUUGAUAAAGGAUCGAAUCCUUUUCCUUUAGGUGAUCAUUUUGUUAAUCUCGAAAUCUUUUAUCUUGAUUUAUGUAUUGAUAUUUAUAGGCGAAAAGUGAGGUUGAUCAUCCUUGGACUAGCCUCCCACCAAUUCAUCGCGCCGCGCUUAUCUGUGCAAAAUUUGUGAUCGACGGUGAGAAGUAGAGUCACAUGCAAGUCUUAGGGAUGAAGAAUUUGUCUUUUGCUUUCAGUAGACUUGUGGUAAAGUGAAACGAAGGGGGCAAACGCGAGACUUAGUCACCCAAGGAACUUGUUGUUACUGAUUGGCAAAUCAACCGUGUAUUAUGUCCACGUCGUCUUCUUAUCUCCAUAUUUAGGAAAAACGCUUAGUUAUAUCUGCUUUCUGAUGAAACAUUUUGUUAACAGGGUUCAAUUUUUUUGCUGGAAAUCGUUAUGUGCUCGAAGGUGACACUGCCGUGAUGCUCUUGUUUGAUCACGUGGGCAAAAUAGCUGGAAUUCAAAAUGGAGUAAGUUUUCACAUCCUUUCAACCUUUAGUCAUAGUUUCCGAGAGAGGUUAAUGAUUACCUUAGCAAUGACGAUGACGAUGACGAUGGUUAUUUAAUGAGCCGAAACUAUUCCACAUUUUGCAUUUUGACAUUUUGUUCAAUUUUAUUACUCUGUCCCCUUAGAAGAAUAAAUGUAUUUAAUAAUAAUACGAUCACUAAGUGUUGGUAAUAGCGAUAAUGGUGAUGUCGAAGAUGAUGUUAAUGAUAAAACGAUGAUGAUCAGGAGGAGGACGAUGAUGAUGAUGAUGAUGUUGAUGAUGAUGAUGAUCAUAAUGAUGACGAUGAUGAUGACGAUGAUGAUGAUGAUGAUGAUGAUGAUGAAAAUGAUGAUGAUCACGAUGGUGAUGAUGAUAACGGUGAUGAUGAUGAUGACGAUGAUGAUGAUGAUGAUGAUGAUGAAAAUGAUGAUGAUCACGAUGGUGAUGAUGAUAACGGUGAUGAUGAUGAUGAUGAUGACGAUGAUGAUGACAAUGAUGAAAAUGAUGAUCAUGAUGGUGAUCAUGAUAAUAGUGGUGACUAUGACGAUGGCGACAGUAAAGGACGAUUUUAAUGUUUUUGGAGACGACAAAUUGAUAGAGAAAAACGUCUAAGCAAACACCAUGUGUUCUCGCUGAUGCUUUUCGAAAGAAUCAGCAAAAAUAAUAGAUCUAGGCUAGAAAAUGGUAUUUUGUCAAAAAUAGAAUAUUUUUAUGUUCUUCAGCUUUUAUAUCCUGUUACUAAUGCGUGCUGAUACAGUAGUGUGCUCUCAUUUUCAGAAUGUCUUUGUAUCUAUUUAACUAUUUUUUAGAUCCCCAAAUCAGCUGUUGGGGUUUUAAAGGCGCCCUGGAUAUCUGAGAAUGACAUGUACGUCAUCACCGCCUACUUCACCGACCCGCGGCUAAUUUGCUCUGGGUCCAGACCCUCCUCUCAAUAUUUGGGCGACCAACUGUUACUGCAGACUGGGCCCCAGUCGUCCAAUACUAUGGCAAUCCCUUUCAAACAGGAAGAUUUAGAGGGAACAGACUGGGUUCGUGGUGGAUGCUUUCCUGCCAUGGGUGAGUUAAUAACAUAACAGUCACGAAGUCACGAUUCCUUUCAUGACCUGCAUGACCGUGUGAAAAGACCCCGAGGAGCAACAGGGGGUUCAGAGGACGGAAUUCUAAUCUGUGGGACGCGAGUGCUGGCUCUCCUUUCCCUCUUCCCUCCCCCACCCCCGUACCCCUAAGAGAGCUUGCUCUCAGGCUAGCUAAUGUCACGUAAAUGUGACUUACACCUUUAGCACAGAGCGGUGGAUAGAGAAGAGUUUAGAAAGACUGCCAAACAUAUCGACGCUCAAAUAUAGCCCACAUAGUUUGAUUUAACCUUGCACCUCUAAAAAGAAACAAGCGUUCCAUUGAAACUUGGGGAAACUUAGAGUUACAGAAGCGUUUUUUUUUUAGUUGCCGCAUUGAGCUGGUUUAGCCUAAAGACUACUCAGUUAAGCCUUAUACGAACUCGAUUUUAUCUAGUCAUUUAAUCCAUUUGUUGAAUUUAGGCCGUCAUUACUGGUACAACAUCUCCGCCAACAUGGACUGCGAUGACUUCUAUCCGAUGUUUCUUCUGUACAACAGAGAUCGCUUGACUGGAUUCGGAUGGGUUGCCCAGGGCAACGCUGACAGUUCAAGAUACGAACACCCUCCCCCCAAAAGGCUCAAGGUAAGUCAAGUCCAAAAGAGAAGCUCAAUUCAGUUAUACACCGAUGAAUUUUUAACUCCUUGUAUAUUGUGACGCUACUGCUCAUGGGUUGCCAUGGAUUCUUAAUUUGCAAUUGGUUUGUAUGCGUAUGGGUCCACCGUCUAUUCAGAGCACAGUGCACCCAACCUCUUUAGUCUAAAAUGCCAUCCGUCUCCUCUCCCUAAACACGGAGGGGGUGGGAGUGGGGGCGGAGGCCUCUGGCUUUCUGCAUAUUCGGUUAACGGGUUUCUUUUAACUUCCCAUCGGUUAGUGAUUUUUUUUAUUCCUACUUAAUUCUUUUGCAGUAUGGCUUCUUCCAGUCAGAAACAAUGCCCAAAUGUAUCCCUAAGAUCAAGUCUCUGACAACCCAACACGUUUAUCUGGACAAGCGACCAUAUCUAAACCUCUGCUUUAUCUAG